AUGCUUUGGUUGGAAGCAGGUUCGAAGAUUGGAGACAGAUUCCUCGCUUGCAGCUUCUUUUUUUUUUUUUAUUGGGGUAUCCGAUCUCCAUUCCUUUUCGUAAACUUUCCACCUCUUUCACGCCAUUUCCUUUUCUUACGCUUCCUCCUUCCCUCUCUUUUCGCCAAUUGUUCCUCCCUCUCAUUCCUUUCUUCUCUUAGCAUUCCUUUACAGUUUCCUUCUAUUCUCCUUCUUUCUUUUUCUUCCUCCUCUUUUCUCCUUUUUCUUUCCCCUCUUUUUUUCUCUUCGCCAUCUUCCUUUUCUUACUCUUGGGGACCUUUCCUUCUCCUCUCUCUUCGCCAUUCCUUUUCCUUUUUCUCUUCUUCCUCCCUUCUCUCUUUUCUCUCUCUCCUUCCUUUUCUUACGCUUCCUUCUUUAAUUUUCUUCUUUCGCUUUUUCUCCCACCUUUUCUUUCUUACUUUCCUCCUCUCCUCUUUCCCUUUUUCACAUUCUUUUUCUUUUGUCCUUCCUCCUUCUCUCUCCUUCCUUCCCUUCUCUCUCUCCUCCAUUCCUUUCUUACACUUCCUCCUUCUCUCCUCUUCGCCAUUUCCUUUUUCUUACGCUUCCUCCUUCUCUCUCUUCGCCAUUCCUUUUCUUCCUUUCCUCCUUUCUCUCUUCGCCAUUCCUUUUCUUACGCUUCCUCCCUUUCUCUCUCUUCGCCAUUCCUUUUCUUUUUUUUUCCUUCCCUCUCUUCACCUUCCUUUUCGCUUCCUCCUUCUCUCUUUUUUACCUUUUCUUCCUCCUUCUCUCUCUUCGCCAUUCCUUUUUUACCUUCCUUCUUCUCUUCUUCACAUUUCUUUUUCUUACGCUUCCUCCUUCUCUCUCUUCGCCAUUCCUUUUCUUACGCUUCCUCCCUUCUCUCUCUUCGCCAUUCCUUUUCUUACGCUUCCUCCCUUCUCUCUUCGCCAUUCCAAAAUAGUCAACUUCCUCCUUCUCUCUCUUCGCCAUUCCUUUUCUUAUGCUUCCUCCCUUCUCUCUCUUCGCCAUUCCUUUUCUUACGCUUCCUCCCUUCUCUCCCUUCGCCAUUCCUUUUCUUACGCUUCCUCCCUUCUCUCUCUUCGCCAUUCCUUUUCUUACGCUUCCUCCCUUCUCUCUCUUCGCCAUUCCUUUUCUUACGCUUCCUCCUUUCUCUCUCUCUCUUCACAUCUCUUUUGCUUUGUCCUUCACUUUUCCUUUUGA